AUGCACCCGGAUUAUUCCUCGGACUCGUCCAGCUGCAGCACAGCAUCGCCUGGUGGGGACACCCUUGGGUGCAGCCAGCAUCGUUUGUCGCCGGCAAUUGACAACGACGAGGAUGUAGACAGCGGUGCUUCAGACUGCCUCGUCCCCACGUCAGGUGCCUCCUCGCCGGCUAGGAAGCGCCACGUUCCGCCUUCCAAAGGCAGGGGGAGCCAGACGUCUUCCGGCAAAAAGGCCAAGACGUCCGGCUGCAGGAAAGGGCAGAAAGAUAAGCUUUCCAAAGAAGAAGAUGAGAGGCGUAGGAUUCGCCGAGAGAGGAACAAAAUUGCCGCCGCAAAGUGUCGAAACCGUCGGCGGGAGUUGAUCGACACCUUGCAAGCUGAGACCGACCAGCUCGAAGACGAGAAGUCUAACCUCCAGUCAGAAAUCGCCGAGCUUCUAAAGGAGAAGGAGCGACUAGAACGGGUCUUGUCCUCCCACGAGCCCUCCUGUCACCUCCGGGCCGAGAAGACUGAAGACGACGACGUCGCACAGUCGCCCGAAAGCAACGGCGUCGCCGCCCGGGUCCCCCGCGCCGCCAUUUUCGGCGAUUCCGACAUCCUGCUGUGCGCUAGCGCCCGGGAGGAACCUGACGGGACGCCGGAUGACCUGGACGACUUAGUCCCCAGCCUGGAGAUGGAGGUCACCCAGUCCCGGGACGAGGCGACGGGCGGGGUCUUCGUCCCCGACGUGAGCGCCCCGCCCGACUGGGAAACUUUGUACAAAUCUGUAGCCGACGACCUGGACUGUCUUAGCUCGCCACUUGCAGAAUCUUGCGCCGACUUCCGCGCCAGCGUCUUCUCCUUCAACUUGGACGACAUGGACGCCUUGGCGGAAAGCGGCGGCUUCGAGGAUAGUCUCAACUCGCCUACGCUUCUGGCGUUGUAA